AUGUUGGAUAAUCGUACUUCUUAUUUUAAUGUUUAAGGAAAUAAAGCUAGUUUUAAGUAGAAUAUUAAACUAUUUUAAUCACUUAAAUCAAAAUUAUAAUAAGCAAAAUCAAAAUCUAAAGAACCAAUUAAAGGAUAACUGAAAAUAUUAAAAAGAUUAGAAGAUACUAUUAAUGAACCUUAGAUGCAUUAAAGAGCACUAACAACUUAAAAAAGAUUAGCUGCAUAAUUUGAGGAAUAAGACUAAAGAAAUGAAGAGAUAAAUCCAAUGAGAUAUAAUUUAAUGCAAUUACUUGUUUUAAUGGGAAAAAAGGAAUAUUAUUUUGAUAAAUUAGCAAAAGAUGAUUUCAAAUUAAUAAGAGUAAUUAAUCAUUAAAAAGAAAAUGUGGAUGAUCAUAUUUAAAAAAUUAAAAAAUUUUUAAGUAAUAAAGUUCGUUAUAAGUAUAGAAGUUGUUUUAAAAUGCAAUGUAUAAAAUUAAAUAAUUAAUCAAAGUCUAAAUUUAAUUAGAAUUAUUGAAGUAUGUCCCAAAGAAAAAAUCAAUGGCUAUUAAAAAUAGUUAAAAGGAUUAUGAAAUAGAUGAAGAUGAAGAUAAUUCUAAAAAGAAAAAAAUAAGUGCAAGAGGUUAUUAAGAUUUUUCUAAUUGGAAAAAAAAAAAUAAUGUUGCAUAAAAUCAAAAAGUGUUUAUAAUAACAAAUGGGUAUCAUGCUUUAAGAGAUUCUUUAUUAGAUAGAAAUUGGGCAGAAAAUGAGGAUGCAUAUAGUCCAUUCUUUGAUCUUAAAUGGACUUGUGGAUUAAGAAGUGAUGAUUUUUUAAAUUUGAUGGACUUUUAAUAGAUUAAUCAUUUUGAUUCUAAUUUAUGUCUUUGUUCUAAAUUUGGUUUGGCAAGAAAUAUAAGAUGUAUAUCUAAUUGGGAAUCAUUUUUUCCUAGAUGUUAUGAUUUAGGAGAUUUAGUAGAUUUUUCAGACUUUAUUGAAGAUUUUAAAAUCUCAAAAAUUCAUAGUAUAUUAAUGGAAUUUGAUUAAAAUUAUAUUUGUAAUUAGAAUAAAAAAGUAAUUACAGAACCUUAUGAAGAUAGUGAACAUAAAAAUGUAUUACGAUUAAAAGAUUUUAAAAAUAAUACAAUAAGAAUGAUUGAAGAUAAUAAAAAUUAAUCUUUUAUAAUGAAUUAUAGAGAUAGAUUUAAAAUACGUUUAUGCAUAAUGAUUUUGAAUAAAGUAGUUUGUUCAUUAAGUAGUAUGAUCAAAAAUAUACUUAAAGACGAAUUUCCAUUUGUUAAUCCUGGUGAAUGGUUGCAAUUGAUAAAGGAUCCUGAAAAACCUAAAGAUGUAUUAAUUUAAGAUUAGAUUGAAAUGAUAUUGAAAGUUAAUGGAUAUGAAGAUUAAGAAGGAGAUAAAUUUAUAUAAAAAUAUGGAUCAUAAAUAAAGGAUUUGUUAAAAUAAUUAAAUAAAAAUCCUUAGAAUUCAUUACAAGGUACAAGAAAUAUUUGGAUUGUUAAACCUGAAUAUUCAUCUAGAGGAAGAGGUAUAAAAUGUUUAGAUGACUUAAAUUAAAUUUUGGAUAGUGUAAAUAAAGAAACUAUGAAUUAUGUAGCAAUGAAGUAUAUAGAGAAUCCUUUAAUAAUUAAGAAUAGAAAGUUUGAUAUUCGUUAAUGGGUUUUAGUUACUGAAUUAGUACCACUUAAAAUAUAUUUCUAUAAUGAAUGUUAUAUAAGAUUUUCAGCUGAAGAAUUUGACAUAAAUUAAUUUCAUAAUAAAUUUGCUCAUCUUACUAAUAAUGCUAUUGCAAAAUAUUCUUAAAAGUUUUAUGAAUCAGAUAUUAAAGGUAAUAUGUGGACAUAAGAGGAAUUUUAAUAAUACUUACUUGAAGAAUUUGGAUGGGAUAUUUUUGGAGAGAAAAUCUAACCUAAAUUUAAAGAAAUUGUUAUAAACAGUUUAAAAUGUUGUUGUGAUUAGAUGAAAAAUAGAAAAAGAUCAUUUGAAGUCUAUGGCUAUGAUUUUAUGAUUGAUGAAUAAUUUAAUACUUGGUUGAUUGAAGUUAAUAUGUCACCAUCUAGUGAUACAACAACACCAGUUACUGCUUAAAUAAUACCUAAAAUGUUAGAAGAUAUAAUGAAAGUAGUUAUAGAUAAUUAGAAUAAGACAAAAAAGAAGGUUGGAGGAUUUCAAUUGAUAUAUAAUAGUGAUACUAAAUUAUAAUGA